GUUUAAGGUGGAAAUGUGACGGUGAUAGUAAGAUAUUUAAAUAUAUGAAAAAAAUUAUAACUUAGUUAAGAAAGUGCGAAAAGGUUAGCUGAGGAUCAGAACCUAUUUGUACUAGCGGAAGUGUCAAUUUCGCGAGCUGUCACCGACGUAUUCCACGGCAUUAUCCGUCAGUCUGAAUUAGAAAGACAACUUUUCUCAAGUGCUAUAAAAUAACGCGAAAAUACGAUUUCCCGUUUGUUUUGCAAUACGCAGUGAGAAUCAGAUGAUCCAUGUUCACGAAGACUUCGGAUAGGGUUGCCGAAAACUAAACAGUAUUAUGAUGUUGUCCAUAUUGUUAUCGCCAUGGGAACACCAGGCGAUAAAACGAAUUUUGAAAUGGUAGUGCCAGACGCGCAGUCGACAGUUCACGCAGAACCUGAACCAGAAGAGCCCCCGACCACCGCAGAAGUGCCAUCAACCUCCCAGCAGCAAACAACAGCACGCUCCAUAGUAGAAAUGGGUGUUGUCACUCAGCUGCCACAGCUUCAUGUGCUAACGACCACUCCAAGUGGUAUCGUUCCGCCAGUGUUGUCCAAGCCAGAAAUUUUCCAACAACAGGGCCUAGAACAAGCUUCAAUCGAAGAUUAUUUUACUCAGUCAAAAUUUUAUCCUGGUCUUGCGGAACACCUUCAGCCAUUGUAUACAAUCACAGAGUCACAGUCACCACCAGUUCCAGUAACAUUCCAUAGCAUUGAUCAGCCGGGUCCUUCAGGACUUCAGAUGAUCAAGAAUAAGCCGCCUCUGAGCGCCGGGAAGGUUAAAAAGAAAAAGCCGGAUCAGGGCGCGCACAAGAAAAACCACACAUGCCCUGUAUGCCACAAGAGUUUCGCCACGGGCGACAAGUUGAACCGACACUACCAGACUCACGCGGGAGCCGCUCAGUAUAAAUGCGAGGACUGCAAAAAGUCUUUCAGUUCCAAGUUCAAACUCGUUCGACACGCUUUGAUCCACUCGGACCGGAAACCAUUCAGCUGCACGGUGUGCGAGCGCACGUUCCACAGAAAGGAUCACUUGAAAAACCACAUCAAAAUCCAUAGUCCGACGAAGAAACUGUACGAGUGCGAGAAAGCCGACUGCAAGAAGCAAUAUACCUCGUUGCUCAGCUAUAGGAAACACCUGGCGGUCCACGCGGCGGAAGAAGGUAACCUCACUUGUCAGAUAUGUAGUUCGAGCUUCACGAGCAAGGAGGAGAUCAUGUACCAUUUGAAGAUCCACGCGGGGAGUCGCACUGUGAAGAACCCCAACGAGAAGAAGUUCGUGUGCGAGUACUGCGACCGCCGGUUUUUCACGAAAAAGGAUGUCAGGCGCCAUCUGGUGGUGCACACUGGCAUGCGCGAUUUCCUGUGUCAGUUUUGUCCUCAGAGGUUCGGGCGAAAAGAUCACCUGGUGCGGCAUAUUAAAAAAUCGCACAAUCGGCAGUACGCGGAGGGGCCAGACGGCACUGUUAGCGUCAAGACCGAACGUGCCAAGUCGGAGACCGUGACGAGUGGGGAACUAAGCGAUGAGGCGAUAUUCGAGCAGAGAUACAAACGUUACCGGUCUCAAGAGAUCGGCGAGAGUUCGAAAGUUAAGACGGAACCAUUGGAAUCGACCAAACUCGAAUCGGAAUCCUUCAAAGCUGAAGUGGACAUCGGUCUCGAGGGCGUCAAAACGAUAUUCGAAGAGGAGAGCCUAACGCCUUUGGAGGAGGAACAGCUAUUCCUCUCUCCUCAGUCCACCCAGAGCGAGUUGAAAGAGUUGUGCAGCGAGAUAUUCAAAGACAUUGACCAAACCCCGUCGACCAGCGGCGCGACGCCCUUGGACGCCGAUGCCGACGUCGGUCCGGCGAUAGACGCGCAUAUGUUCGAGUUUCUGCGGCCAACGGAAGAAAGCAAGAGGCCUCUGCCGGGCUUCAGUCAGACGUUUCAGCCACCACCACCCCCUUAGCACCCACCUGGCCACGGUAUGUGCGAGAUUUCGUCGAUCGCGGUUCACUGUGCAAUUCGAGGGGUUGAAUUAGGUUUGGGGUGCUUUCGGAAAUUAAGAAUGUAUUUUUGUUACCGUUUCGAGUUGAGGCGUCGAGUUUUUCGUGCCUCACAUUGAACCCGAAACAAAUUUGAACAUUGUAGAUACAAAAAAGUAGGUACAGGGUAGACCGUUUAAUAUAGGAUCUUCAAAAAACGUUACAAAAAACUUUAAGACAAAAGAUGUUUGGAUUCAUUUAUACUUUUAAAAUAAUAUAUCCUUAUAUAUACAGAGUGUAUACACCGUGCAUAUUAAAUAAUUUUUGAAUUCCUCAGAAACUUCUAGAUAUAUAUCGUAUAUUAACUCAGUCUUACCGUUUCUGGCAUAUUUUGAAUUUUGUGUCAAAAGUGACGUAUGUAUAGAUUUCCCUAUGGGUUGUUAUUUUAAAAAUAAAUAAAUACAGGUUAAAAGUAUUUUUUUCAAUUGGAAACACCUCAUUUUUGUAUUGUUUAAUGUAAACACAUUUUUUUCCAAUUGCAUUUCGCAUUUUAAAAAAGGGUGACUUUGUAUAAGGUCGCCUAUUUUAAAAAAUUGUAGAUUUAUUCGUAAUUAAAAGUUUAAAAAGAUUCCUAUUUACUGUCUAACGGGUCCUAAAAUUGUUAAAAUUUUCUAUUAUUCGUUUAAAACACUGUUCCUUGUAGGUUUCUGUGUAUAUGAAUUUAUUUUUCAAGAAAUGUCGACAUUUUUUUGUUAAUUUUUUUCCGUUUUUGGAAGUUAAACCAACUUAAAAAGUUUCGUGUUAAUAACUUAAUUAUUCCGCACUAAAGAGUAGGCGCAAUUUCUGCAGUGCUUGUUUGUUUGUUUCUGCCAUGCUUCACUGUUGUCUUCUUGUCAAAUGAAUAUCCGUGUAGCAUUUUUACUAUGCAAAAGUUUAUAUUUUGAAAUCUACAAUUGUAAGAAUCCUUGUAUAAAGUCACCCUUUUUUCGAACGCCAAAUAUGACAUUACAAAAUGGGGUGUUACAUAAAAAAAAAUCACUUAAUGAUUUUUUCAUUCAGAUUUUUACUGUGUAUUGAGUUACGGAGAUUAACCCCAAAUAUUUAACAUAUAUGAGAUAUGUUAAAAAGUUGCUGGUUGUCAAGGAAAAUACAAACGUCCUGUAGAUAUAACAUUAUAAUCAUUUAAAAGUAUACGUGAAUACAAGUUGUGGGAUAAAGUGUGAUCAAAUAAUAAACGGACCACCUGUUACAGAGCUACAGAUGUUUGAGUUAUAUGCAAUACACGCAGUUAAAAGCGAUAUAAUUAUGUUUUAUGAUAAAUUAAUCAAAACUUGUUAUUGUUGACAAAAAAACCAAAUUUGUUAAUGUUUAUUUGCUGUUGUAAUACCGAAGUUUGUUGGCGUAAUAAUUCGUUGUUGAGUUGGUUGUCGAUAUAUUUGAAUGACGUAGGAUUAUUGCGGUCAUUGUUUUUCUUUUUUCCCUUAGGCUAAAGUGCACGCCUUAACAGAUAUUUAUUUGCCCGCGCGAUAAGCGAUAAUUUUCUUGAUUAUUUUGUUUGCACAAUUUUCGGCUGGAAGCGGAGAAUAUUUCUUGUAUAAUUUUUAAAAUAAGAUAGGUGUCGCCAAGCUUAUAUUAAAAACGAUCGAUCGACCUUUAUUAUUAAAAACUAAAAUGUAACACCAAAGGUUUCGUCUGUCCCUAUAGAUAACCGUUUUUUGUAAUAUUUUUCGAAACUCAAAAGUUUCUUUAAAGACGGAUUUUUUUUAAUCAAAAUGCAUAUUCUCUAUGGUUUUAAAGCGUUUGUAGUAGUAAUUUUUUAAAAGCGAAAAACCUACUGUUUAAAAUAUGAUGAAAAUCUAUGCGAAUGAUACUAAGCCCCAGCGCACUUAAUUCGUGUUUCCGUGUUGUUAAGCAGUACAAAUUAAACUUUUUUAAGCGCCGAUUUUGCGAAAUAAUUUUAUUCAAGGGGGUGUAAUCGGAAAUCGGCAAUACUUAUGUUUUAUUUGCGAAUUCGACAUGUACUCCAUUUUGGGUUGACGAUUAUUUAAAAAUAAUCAGAAAGGUGCCUUAGUGUCGGUUUCAUAGCAACUUCAAUAAGUUUUUAUGUCUUUAGAAAUAAAAAUAAUAAUAAAGUUUCAUCCGUCCAAAACCGCUCCUAAAAAAUAAAAAAAAUAUACAACUUUGUGGAUCAGGUUUAUCUUAUUGACUCGCGAAAAGUAAAAGUGAGUGCGGUCAGAAAUUAUAAGUGCAGAAUGUGAGUUAAGUAUUGAAUGCAUUUUACUGGCGUUAAUGUGAACACAACAUUUUUUAUCGAGUUCAUAUUAAAGGGGAUAUUUACAAUACUAUUCUAAUAUAACUAUUCAUAAUACACAUUUAAAUUAGCUGCCACAGGUCUUUCAUGUAAAUGUUUCAAAGCUAUUAUUUCACUGACAUUGAUGUGGUUCUAUUUACCCUAUUGAAAAACUAAGCUCAUUGCUUGAUUGACCGCUUGCGUUAUUUUUCAGCUCUAUCUCUACAACUUCGUAGUUCAUGUUUUCAUCCUCAUCGUUAUCAACAUCGUUUUCCAAGUCGGUCUAAAUAAUGACGUAUUUAUUCCAAUUCUCAACAUCUUUGCCACUAUAUACAUCCUAGAGCCUAUAACUGGGGUAAGCAAAAAAGUUUGUAGAAUUUUGCGCUACACCUUUUGCAUGAAUUAAUCAGUGUUCUUCCCAUAGAUAUGCCAAUAUUUUUAAAUUGUUGACGGUUCCAGGUGUUGCUAGGUUAUUUGACUGCAUCUUUUAAGGAAAUUUUCUAUCUUGACCUUUGGUUAAGAUAAAACUUUUUAUAUAAUAUUGCUUAGUGAGUUGUAACACAUUCUGAUCUAAAUGUUAAAAAUUCUGAUCUAAAUGUUAAAUAAAAAAAUAAAAUAUGGCACCGUCAUCGGUUUUUAUUAUUUUUUGACGGUGGAUGUGAAGGCGCAAUAUCUCAAAUGAAGGUAGCCUUUUCUGGAAAAGGUUUUUUUCAUAGGAAUGCCUGGACCUACAAACAAUAUGUUUUGUUUUCUAGAAAUAUAUAGUAUGUAUGUAUAGUAGAUAUGUAUGUACGUAAUUUAUACCAGUACGCUUUUGAUCAUUCACCACAGUUUUUAAAGAACCAAUCUUUAAAAAUCGCCUUCAUCAUCUAUUUUUGGAGUUAUUGUGUACUAAUGGACUGUCAAAAUCUUUGAUACAUCUCGGUGAUUUAGCUUUUGUAAUUACCAAAGGUGUUACUUUGAGUAAGCCUAAUGCAUUUACAGAUUCUAGAACCGUUAUUCGCUGUUUGCCUAAUUUUGGAACUGGCGCAGUGUUUUCGGAAAGUGAAACAUAGCUUUUAUCAGGUACAAGUUUAUAAUACAAUCCAGUUUCGUCCGCAUUGUGAAUUUGGCUGAAAUUUAGACUGUGAUGAGAAUUUUCCCUUAAAAAGUCCAAAUCUUCAUUGAAAUUUUUGAAACCAUUCAUCGCUUGCGUUAAAAUUCUCGUUCCCCUUAAGGAAUCAUUUAUAUAACAUGCUUUCUAGUGUAGGAUUUUCAGCUUUUACCAAAGUGUGUUUCUGAAAUUUAUUUGGCUUCAAAUUUUGGGUAAUAGCUUUUAUUAUUUUAUUUGUUUUUAUUUUUAAUGGCAGAUAUAGUAGAUUUCACUAUUUUAUACUUUAUGGACAACGCUGUUACAUUCGUAGCUUUUUGAAUCUCUCCUAAAAUAUUCUUUGUAUAAGGUGUUAACCACUUAUUGUAUUUAGCUACUUCGAGAACGAAAUAAACCAGCACACAAGACGACGCGACCGGCGAACUAAAAAUUAGCAAUUUUAUGUUUAUACACACAUCAGUUUUUCUUUAUAAUAAAUUGAAAAUUUCACCGUAUGUUAGGGUUAUUACGGUGAUAAAGAAACAAUUAUUCGCCACUGGACGGCAAGGGUGUAGCAAACAUACCGACAAACACUUUUGAUAAUAUGCCAUUUUUUUGUUUGUAAUUCACUUUAGGUGUUAUACGAGUGAUAACCACAUAUUAUUGAACUUAAAACUUGUUCACACUACUGAAUAUUUAUACCUAAUUAAUUAAUACUUUAAAGAAGCGGAAUUUCACGGUGGUGCGAAUCUAAUAAUACUAUAAUUAUUUUCUUAUAUUUAUUUUUACUAAAAAAAAAUAUUUAAGAUUAUGAAAGCGAACAAAGAUUUUUUGCUAGAAAUGUUGCCUUAAAAUUUCGAUAAUAAGUGCCCAGAUUAAUAGUCAUAGGCUGGAAUUAGUUGUGAAUACAGCUGAUUAAUUCUAUUUCUCUUAUCGGCCUGCAUUUGUUUGUUUAUUCAUUAGUAAUUAGAGUGGAUUAGAAAAUACAAAAAGUCUUACUCUAGGCACCUUCGAGAAAAAUCAUGAUGGCAAAUGAAACAAAGAAGAGAAUAAUAGUGGUGUAUUUAACUGCGGACCGAUGACGAAGUUUUAAGUCACGUAGGUCUCACAGUUACUAAUCGUUAUUUAUUCGUUUGGCAAUAAAUUGGGUACAUGUCCAAUCGUCCGUUAGAGAAUUUAUUCUACUAAUAAGCGCCAUGUAAUAAUAGUUCAGAUUGUAAUAAUUUUUACCAUGUGAUAUCUGAACUAUAUUGUUCUUCCCGCGGAAAAGACUUCCAGGGCCGUAAUUCUGAUGAUAUGAAUCUACCUCAUUUUAUAACAGUUCAUUGCUGUACAAUCAGCUAGUCA